UGUAGCCCUCACCCUCCGGCCCAGUGGCUAUCCCAGGUGGAGGCGUCCCUCUGAAUAUGAGGGAGGUGGAGGAGCUGGAGAGGAUGACCAAGGACUUCAUCAGAGACAUGGACACAAACGCACCCGUCAUCACCUCCCCACCCACAGAGAUGUGUGGGAAGUGUGGCGAGGCUCUGUCCCGCACCCAGCCGGCUGUCAGAGCCAUGGAGAAACUCUUCCACUCCGACUGCUUCUGCUGCCUGAGCUGCCAGCGCCCCCUGCAGGGCAUGCAGUUCUACGACCGCGACGGGGCCCCCCAGUGUGAUGACUGCUACACGGUGAGGGGCCAAUGCACACUCCAGGAUCACAGCAAAAGACACAUACUUUUUCAAAUUCAAACGUUUUAAAGGUCACCUAUUAUUCAAAAUCCACUUCUCCAUGUCUCU